UAUGUGCAGAUGCUUCAUUCUCAACUCGGAAAAAGCAGUGUUUUCCGUUCUCCCCAUUUGUAUGGAACUUCUGCUUCAUUCCCAUUCCAUGGCAGCAAAGGUUUCAUUGCUUCAUCAAUACCAUCGAAACGGACAGCCAACUCCACCUCAACGACAUGGUACUCCGACAAGGAGGAAGAAGAAGCAGCAUACGCUUGUGCUCUACGGAAAUGCGUGGAGACUUCCAACUUAGGUUACGCGAAAGCAAUCCAAGCAAAGCUCUUCAGGACGCCCCGCAUGGCUUCCUCUCUGUAUCUCCACAACCAUGUUCUGAAUGCAUAUGUGAAAUGCGGGGACAUACGGGGCGGACUCAAACUGUUUGACGAUAUGCCGGAGAAGAACGUUGUAUCUUGGACUGCCCUCAUUGCGGGCUUCGUGCAAAAGGGUUUUCCUGUUGAGGCGUUCUCUUUGUUGUUUAGGAUGCACAGCAGUGGAUUAAAGCCGAAUGAGUUCACCUUUGUGAGUGCACUUCAUGCGUGUUCAUUUGCGGAUUCUUUGAGCUUGCUACACUUAUGUCAAGUGUAUGGUUUGAUUGUUAAGUUUGGUUUUGAGUCUAAUGUUUAUUUAGUGAAUGCUUUCUUGACGGGUUUGUUAAGGCAUCAUAGAUUAGAAGAAGCAAAGGAGGUGUUUGAGAAUUGUUCAAAUAGGGAUAAUGUGACCUGGAAUGCUAUGCUGGAUGGUUAUGUACAGCUUUGCUGCUCAGAAUUACCUAGGUUUUGGCUUAGGAUGAUAAGAAAUGGUGUUGAACCUGAUAAGUUCACUUUUUCAAGCGUGCUUACCGGAUUGGCUGAGCAUCCAAACCUUGAAAUGGGUGUGCAAGUUCAUGCUUGGCUCAUAAAGUGUGGCCAUGGGAAUGAAGUGUGUGUGGGGAACUCUUUGGUGGAUAUGUAUUUGAAGAGUCAAAGAUUGAGUGAAGGGUUGAAAGCAUUUGAGGAGAUACACUUAAAAGACGUGCGCUCCUGGACUCAAAUGGCUGCAGGGCUUUUGAAUUAUGAGAAGCCAAGCUGGGCUGUUCAGGUUGUUGGAAUGAUGAGAAUGGCUGGUGUGAGGCCUAAUAAAUUCACUCUUGCAACUGCGUUUAACGCAUGUGCCAAUCUGGCGUAUUUGAAAGAGGGGGAGAAGCUUCAUGGGUUGAGGAUCAAACUGGAAUAUGAUAUUGAUGUUUGUGUGGAUAAUGCCUUGCUUGACAUGUAUGCAAAAUGUGGGUUCAUGGAUGGUGCUUUCAUGGUUUUUAAAUCAAUGAAUGAACGCACCAUUGUUUCAUGGACAGCAAUGAUAGCAGGGUAUGCACAAAAUGGAUGCCCAAAAGAAGCCCUUGAAAUCUUCCAUGAAAUGAGGAGCAGAGGGGUGGAGCCUAAUGUUAUUACCUUAAUAUGUGUGCUUUAUGCUUGUAGCCAAGGGGGGCUUAUUGAUGAAGGGUGGAGUAUUUUCUCUUCAAUGAACCGUGAAUAUGGUAUUGUUCCUAUACAAGAUCAUUAUGCAUGUAUGGUGAAUCUCCUUGGCCGUGCUGGGCGUAUCAAGGAAGCUGAGGAAUUAAUUCUGGGGAUGCCAUAUCAACCAGGUUUGUUGGUCUGGCAAACCUUGCUUGGGGCAUGUGUGCUUCAUGGGGAUACAGAAACUGCUAAGCGAGCUGCAGAGAAAGCGUUAAGUAUUAACAAAAACGAUCCUGCAACGUAUGUAUUGUUGUCAAACACAUUUGCUAGUUUGCACCAUUGGGAAAACGUGGGAAAUCUGAGAGAAAUCAUGGAGAGUAGGGAUGUUAAGAAAAUCCCUGGUUCUAGUUGGCUUGAAAUAAACAGAGGGAAAUCGCUACUUGAAGCACUUGGAGAAUAUGCAUAAAGAGAAAUUGAGAAUGAUGGAAUGUUUUAGCACCAUAGUAGUCUUCUCACUGCUGAUAACUCAAAUGAAAGUUCCCUUGUACAAUAGAAUGGCAGUGAAAGUAAAAUGUAUCAUGUUGCCCACAUGAGCAGCUCAACUGGCCACAGAGGUGAAAAUUUGUCACAAGAGAACAAGGAUCGAGUCUCAGCAGGGACACUGUGGGAGCACAAUCUCUCAAAAUAAGAAGGGCUCUUUGUGCACAGUGAGUAAAAGUCUAGUAUCUUUUAAGUCGGUUGAGUCACCAUGAUUUAUCCCUUUACAAACUGCUGGGCCAGAGUGUGUGGGUGUCUGAGGUGGGUGAUUACACCUUUUGUCACAAGAAAAGGUAUCACGUCAGAUGGUCUUUAAUGAAGGAAAGAGAACAAACAAUUAAAGAAGUAGAACUUUCAAUAUUUGUGAUGCAAAGUAUUCUUUUAGUAGACUCAAAGGUUCUUUCAAUCUUUCUUAACCUAGCAGUCCUAGCUGUAAGGAUGGGACUAUAAUAUUGAAAGAAAAGUAUAGAACUUAAACUUGAAGGGAAAAGAAGAUAGGAAUUACUAGCCUUAGACUCAAGUUGGACUGGAGUGAAGAUUUUAUUUCUUCGUGCAGUCAUGUAAUACUUUUUCUCUUAUGUGCAAUUAAGAAGCCACU